AUGGAAAAGUAUGAAAAAUUAGCUAAGAUUGGAGAGGGGUCCUAUGGGGUUGUAUUCAAAUGCAGAAACAAAACCUCCGGACAAGUGGUAGCUAUUAAAAAAUUUGUGGAAUCUGAAGAUGAUCCUGUUGUUAAGAAAAUAGCACUAAGAGAAAUACGUAUGUUGAAGCAAUUAAAGCACCCAAACCUUGUGAACCUCAUUGAGGUGUUCAGGAGAAAAAGGAAAAUGCAUUUAGUUUUUGAAUACUGUGAUCACACACUUUUAAAUGAGCUGGAAAGAAACCCCAAAGGAGUUGCUGAUGGAAUGAUCAAAAGUAUAUUAUGGCAAACACUUCAAGCUCUUAAUUUCUGUCACAAACAUAACUGUAUUCACAGAGAUGUAAAACCUGAAAAUAUUCUAAUAACUAAGCAAGGAAUAAUCAAGAUCUGUGACUUUGGGUUUGCACGAAUUCUCAUUCCAGGAGAUGCCUACACUGAUUACGUCGCUACAAGAUGGUACCGAGCUCCUGAACUUCUUGUGGGAGACACGCAGUAUGGCUCUUCAGUAGACAUAUGGGCUACCGGUUGCGUUUUUGCAGAGCUUCUGACAGGCCAGCCACUGUGGCCCGGAAGAUCAGAUGUGGACCAGCUGUAUCUGAUCAUCAGAACACUGGGAAAACUAAUCCCAAGACAUCAAUCUAUCUUCAAAAGUAACCAGUUUUUCCAUGGCAUCAGUAUUCCUGAACCGGGAGACAUGGAAACUCUUGAAGAAAAGUUUUCAGAAGCUCAUCCCAUGUCUUUGAAUUUCAUGAAGGAGUGUCUGAAGAUGAAUCCUGAUGACAGAUUAACCUGUGCCCAACUCCUGGAGAGCCCCUACUUUGAUUCUUUUCGAGAGAACCAAAUUAAAAGAAAAGCACGCAAUGAAGGAAGGAACAGAAGACGUCAGCAGAAUCAACUGUUGCCUCUCAUACCAGGAAGCCACAUCUCCCCCACACCUGAUGGAAGAAAACAAGUCCUCCAGUUAAAAUUUGAUCAUCUUCCAAACAUUUAG